AAGUCCUCUCAGACCUGCCCUGGGGACCCUGGAGGAGGAGAAAGGUGGUGGUGGUGCUAUUAAACUAGGCUCACUGGGGUUCGAUAAGUGCAGUGGCUGGUGCAAUAGACCCCCUGGGACCCUCCAGGAGAGCAAGACACCCCGCCCCGACAAUAUCUAUUCUCCACCCCCCGGCCCCAGUCUCCCGGGGCCCAGCGGUCCACCAAUAGCCUGAGGAGGUGAGGACCCACUAUCCGGCUCGCUGACUCCGCUACUCCGUAAUUUCCAGCUCCCCUCCCUUCUCCCCUCCCGCCGCCACGGUCAGCCACACACUGGGCGCCCAGCUUGCCCCGGUCCCCUCGCAGCCGCUGAGGGGUUAAGAGGGAUGAACUGGAUAACUACUUUCCAAUGGCCUCCUCUUCCUCCCUGGAACUAAGGACCCUUGGCAAUGGGCCCAGGGCCCCCAAACAAACACUCUCACAAUGGACAUCUGCACCAGAAAAGAGGCCCAGCCCCUCAGCCCUGCAGAAAGAGGGAAUUGAGAAUACUUGCUUUUCCGAGGAGGAGGAACAAGAGACCUGUUUCAAGAAUCCACAGGAGGCUGUGCCCGGCAGUUCAUCCUGUCCAUAUGUGGAUGGCCUCUCACACCCCCAUUCCCGGAGGGACGACCUUUCUCCAAGGUCAGAAGAAGGCUUGGGGGCCGAGACUGCAGGCCACUCAGUGGACUAUGGCUUCAUCUUUGCCUUGGUCUUCUUGGUGAGUGGAAUCCUGUUGGUGGUGGUAGCCUAUGCUAUUCCCCGGGAAGCAAGAGUGAACCCAGACACAGUGUCAGCCCGGGAGAUGGAAAGAUUGGAGAUGUAUUAUGCCCGCCUGGGCUCCCAUUUGGAUAAGUGUAUCAUUGCUGGCUUGGGCCUCCUCACCCUGGGAGGCAUGCUGCUCUCCAUCCUACUGAUGGUGUCCCUUGUCAAAGGGGAACUCUACCGGAGGAGAAACUUAGCUGUACCCAGAGGCCCUCGGAAAACCUAUGGCUCUAUAAACUUGAGAAUGAGGCAGCUUAAUGGGGAUGGGGCCCAGGCCCUGGUGGAUAAUGAAGUUGUCCAGUUGACAGAGACUCACCCAAUCCAGCCAGACACCUUCACUUCUCUCUCUCCUCCCUCAAGCAUGUGUGAUGAUGGCACAGCCUGUGGGUAGUACAGUUGCUACAGG